UCAUCGGAGGUCAAAGUUGAACCCGGAAGUGUAAAACAACAUGGCGCUUCAGUGAAGAAGUCCUCAAUGAUAAAUACAAUAGCAGUUGAUUUCAGGUGACAGAAGACAAACGUGGAUAUGCUGCUUCCUACGCUGAGACAUGUAGUCCGGUGCGGCUACAGAAACGCAGGGAAAGGAUUUCAACACAACCACCCCGCACCUUUGAGACAAUGGCUGCAUAAGAGAGGGCAGAACACAGUUGUGGGCCAGACUGUAUCCGCACAGAGUUCCUCCAAUGCACUCCCCAAUGCAGCAUCAGAUCGGAUUGUAGGCCGCUGGCUGGUGGGCUGCAGUGGCCUCGUUCUGGGCGCUGUUGUUCUGGGAGGAAUAACCAGACUGACAGAGUCGGGCCUCUCCAUGGUGGACUGGAACUUGGUGAAGGAGAUGAAGCCACCUCAGACACAGGCUGAGUGGGAGGCAGAGUUCUCCAAAUACCAACAGUUUCCUGAGUUUAAAAUAAUGAACCAUGACAUGACCCUUACUGAGUUUAAGUUCAUUUUCUACAUGGAGUGGGGGCACCGUAUGUGGGGAAGGCUAGUGGGGUUAGCCUACAUCCUGCCCACCAUGUAUUUCUGGAAGAAAGGUUACUUCAACCGCUCAAUGAAGGCUCGUGUCCUGGGCCUGUGUGGCUUCGUUUUCUUCCAGGGUCUUCUGGGUUGGUACAUGGUGAAGAGUGGACUGGAGGAGAAGCCAGACUCGUAUGAUGUUCCACGUGUUAGUCAGUACAGACUGGCGUCUCAUCUCGGAUCAGCUCUUCUUCUCUACUGCGGCAGUCUUUGGACAGGACUCACAUUAAUGCUUCCUGUGAACAGGCUUCCUGAAACCAGACACAUUGUGCAGCUCAGGAGGUUCGCCAAGGGCACAGGGGCUCUGGUCUUUCUCACAGCUCUCUCAGGAGCCUUUGUCGCCGGCCUUGACGCUGGAUUGGUGUACAACUCUUUCCCAAAAAUGGGCGAUUACUGGAUCCCAGAUGAUCUUCUUGCCUUCUCCCCUACAAUGAAGAACAUUUUCGAGAACCCCACCACCGUCCAGUUUGACCACCGCAUACUGGGCAUUCUCUCAUUAGCAGCCAUCACCGGGCUCUUCCUCUACUCCAGACACAUGCAGCUGCCUAGGAGGGCAAAGACUGCAAUCAGCUGCUUGACUGCCAUGGCAUACACACAGGUGGCUCUUGGAAUCAGCACUUUGCUCCUGUACGUGCCCACUUCCCUGGCAGCCACACACCAAUCCGGAUCCGUAGCACUGCUUACUUUCGCCAUUUGGGUCCUUGCAGAACUACGCAAGGUGGCCAAGUAAUUCUUCACUUCCUGCCUCUAUUCGGGUCAAGACUGUAUACUGAUGCAAGUCAUUGUAUGAAAGACUCCACUGCUGUGUCAAACACACAAAGGAAACUAUACUCCUGAGAUUGUUCAGACGUAUUUCGUUACAUUUCGUAUGCAUUUCAAAGUCAAUCUGAUAAUGAACCAUUUUAUUCUGGUGUAAACUGACAGCUUGGUGUUUACUGUCUGCUAUCAAACGGCGGGUCCUACUCAACACGACAGUUCAAAAUGAAUAAUAUUGACUUUUCAUCAGAAUACAAGACGCACCCAUAUGUCAGAGUCACAUGAUUCUCUAACAGCGCUAAUAAAAUAGCUCUUAUUAUGCAGUGCAAAAGUUUGCACACCCUUUGCAUUUCCCUUUCUAAAGGUGAUAUAAAUACUCUCUUUUCCCUUGUAACAGCCACAACCUCUUCCAUCCUCUCACUUACUAUUCAGUCCCUUAUAAGAACUAUUAUUAAUAGCUUAUUUAUGCUACACGUCAGUCACCUUUUUUAAGCAGAUACAUUCUUAAUAGUGGGCUACAUUUUCCCUUUUCCUAUUUGAAAAAUAUAGGGUAUGCAGACUUCAUCUGUACAAAUACAUUGUUGGGUCUUAUUAACUGGAACAAUUUAGGUUUCAGCAGGAUGUUGGUCACACACUGUAUUCUCGGAUUUGAAAUGGGUUCUUUGAUAAGAGAAUGUUAAUAAAAUUACUAUUCAUGUAUAAAUACCA